CUUAAUAUCAACACAGCUCAUGCGGCCGGUAUCCGUGGUCAGCGGUUAACCACUAUGACAGGGGGGUGUGUCGCAAUUUCGUAACCAGUUUCGAUUUAUCAAUAUUUGCAACAUUCUAUCAUACUACAAAUGUAACAAAUUACGAUUGAGUAAAAACAAAAUUAUUCACAACUACAUUUUUUUGUCUAUUGUAUGGUGUAUAUUAUGUGAAUUUUUGCUUCAAAAAUGGAGACAUGUCCACAUAUCCGAGGUUUGGAAAGUGUCAAGAAUGAGGCGAUGUUGACGCCGCGUAUGUGGUCGUGUGUAGAUUGUGGAACGACUGAGUCGGUUUGGGUGAGCGGCAAAUAUUUUAAAUUUUUUAAAAGUCUUGUAAUCGUGAAUGAAUGCAUGUUAGAAAUGCGGUGGAAUAGAAUUGAAGAUAUUUUUGUAUUUUGAGUGAGUUGACCUCAUGACCCGGAUACUUUGUUUAUAUAUGUUUUUGUCAUGACUGCCCACGUGUGUCAAAAUAUUACGCAAUAAUCUAGCUAAGGAAAUCAGAGUACCAAGGAUGGGGGGAUGUUGGCAAACACAAGUACUGGAGGGCAGGGUUGGUAGAUUAAAUGAUUAAUUAGGCCAAAUCGUCAUUAGUGCUGUUUAGAAAACAAAAGGCCAAGACAAAGAAAACAAAGGCCUAGUGUGAUGGUGUUUGACCUAAUUAUUCAGCAAACCUACCAACCCUGCUGGAGGGAAGUUCACCCCAGGGCUUGCUGUUUUACGGAUUUGGUUACAGUAUACCUUAAAACUCUGCCAAGACGUACCUGUGUGUCAUAAUAAGGAGAAGUUGAAAUUAUAUAAUCACACCAGGCAUCCAAGUAGCUUAUUAAUAUUUUCAUUAAACCCACCAUAUUCUUAAGAUACUAUUACGUAUGUUUGUUAUCUAGGCAUGUUUACAGUGCAGCAAUAUAGCAUGUGGAAGGUAAUAUUUUAAAACAAAUUCUUUGUAAAUUUUCUUCUUAACUCUUAAGUGGCAAUGUGCCCUGAUGUGCCCCACUUUGUCAUUUUACUCUGUUGAUUUGUAACACUGGGACAUUCAAUGGGACAUUCAAUGGGUUAAUCUAUCAGUCAUUCAACCUAAUCAUUUCAUUAGCCAAUCAAACACCAAAGCAUUCAAUUAAAUUGUCAACCUUUUUCUAACCAUGAUAUAUUUCCUAACAGUAAUUUUAAAAUUGCAGGUUUAUUGAUGAACAUGCUGUCAAGCAUUUUACUGACAAAGGAGUGAGUUUCACUUUGAUACAGCUCAUCAUUUUUGUUAAUGAAUUUCAUCAUAUAAUUAUUUUUCUUGUCUUAUCCUUACAGCAUCCAUUGGCCUUGGAAGUUAAUAAAAAAUACUUAUAUUGGUAUGAUGCAUAAAAAAUUAGGAUGUUGAAUCCUGUAGUUUGUACCUUAAUCUUAAAAUGAUGGAAAACACUCAUCCUGAUGUAUAGUAACACAGCUUAAUGUAAUACGUUACUUGCAUCUGUUUCAGCUACCAAUGUGAUAGCUAUGUAUUCAAUGACAAUUGUCAUGGUGACAUAGCGUUAUUACGAGAGACUUUAACAGAGAUAGAGACACAAGUUUUUAAUGAAAGUUUGACAAGAAGUGGUUGUGUUAUCAGAGGACCAAGUACGCCAGGGAUACAUGAGGACACUAAGUGAGUUAUAAUUCUUAUAUAACUUUCCAUAUAGUAAUAUUUUCAAAUUACGUCACUGACAGGGGUUUGUAGUUGAGUUAGGAAUUAGUCUAUAGUUAAGUAGAGGAUUAAAACUAGCCAAAGGAAAGAAAUCAAAGUAUUUAAUUGUGGUUAUUAAUAUAUAGCUUGAUGUAUAGCUUUGUAUGUUGCAGAAGUGAAAAAGAGCAUGCCAAGAUGGAAGAUAAACAAUACACUGCUGUUUGUCAUUGGAGGUAAUUUUUUAACACUCGGAUAUGAGGAUCCAGAAAGCACAACACACCAGUCAACACCAACACCAACACCAACAGACAAAUACAUUUGAUGUUAACCAUCAUGAGCAUAACACCAUAUAAAACACUUAAUAUUCAAACCCACUAAAUUACCUUCAUCUGGUUGAUGUAGCUUAAAACUCAAUGCAGGCAAGUCAUGUUUUGUUGCAUUGAUGACAUUUAUUUAUUCCUGGUCAUAGUACACUUCGGAUUUUCUUCCAAUUAUGAAGUAUCAAAUUCAAGACUAUAUCAAUAAAAUAUGAUAACCCUUUAAGUAGCAAUGUGCCCUGAUGAGCCCUAUUAUUUUACUCUGUCUAUUAAUUUAUGCCAGACAAUUUUACUCGUCAAUGGGGAGAGUGCUGCCACUCAUUGGGUAAAUUUGUUAUGAGUAAAACUACCUGGCAUUAGACAGAGUGACAUAAUUAAGUUGGGUGCAUCAGUCAAGGGUGCAUUGCCACCUAAAGGGUAAAAGUUAUGUGUCUGUUUCCUUUUGCAGACUUAGUUUGUUAUCAAAAGUGUUUAGUUCACUUCAAGAAAAUGUUAAACUCAGUAAAGAAGAAAAGUUGACAGUCCAGGUUCAUAUAUUUCAUGCUUGUUCUCUGUUUAUUCAUAUUAAAGAGUUUUUGUUGAGUAUUUCUAGUAGCUUGGCACAUCAUGUCAUUUCUUAUUUUAUGUAAUUUAGUCAGAAGAAAAACAAAAUGAAGAGGUCUCUGAGAAAGGUAAUGUUCCAAGAUGAUCCUGACUAAUUUCAACUGUUAGUUUUACAAGUUAUGCUAACACAACUGUCAGCAGUUUUUGUAGAAUAUUUUUGUGUGUUGGCAGAACCUCCCAAGAAAAGACGCAAGGUGAUAAUACCUGGCGUGACUGGGUUACGUAAUCUUGGUAAUACAUGUUACAUGAAUGCAGUCUUACAGGUUUUAAGGUGAGAAGAUAAUGAAGCAUAUUUACACCACAGACCACGCACGUGAAUUCGACAUUCGACUCUCUAAUAGAGAGGUUAAGAUACCCAGGUUUCGGUGUACGUGUACGGGAAGCAUGAUUUUGGUUAGCAAUAUUUUCGUCGAUGUCUGUACCUUUACUCGUAAUUAAGGUGCACAUUUUUCGCAUUAUAUCAUUGUCUAUUGCAAGAAAACAGAAAAAGUAUGAUGGAAUUACAGACAUCAGUAAAACAAGAUGACACUACUCGUACCCGUACACCGAAACCGGGGUAUCUUAACCUCUCUAAUAAUGUUUCUUUCCCUAUUGCAUAUCCAGCCACCAAAAACGCAAAUCUUUGAAACGCAAAUCUUUGAAGCGCAAACCUUUGAAACGCAAAUCUUUGAAACGCAAAUCUUUGAAACGCAAAUCUUUUCUGCCUACUGUCGUUCUUGUGUCGCUCCAGCGUCGCAUCUAAUACAAUUAAGUUUGACCAGGGCGCUGGUUUGGCACAUGAAAAGUACACCGUCUGAAACGAGGCUUAAUUGCUGUGAUUAAUGAUAGUCACUCUCAAUUCUACUUAUUUCCCUCCAAAUACAAGACUACUGCAUGAUAACUACAGGUUGACGACCAUCUGAUGCACGAUAAUGAAAAUCUUCUUACUUUUCACUUUCAGUCACUUGCAGUUCUUCCGUCAUUGCUUUCUCCUGCUACACGUGAUGAAGUCACCUGACCCCGCGCCAUGUUUGACAUCCACUCCCAAGAACUGUCGUUCACUCAGCGCCAUCUACACAAGACAGACGACAGUCGAGUGUUAUGAGGUCGUAUUUUCAUCAGUCUUACUCUAGAUAGGAAGAACAGUUUUAUCCAGUAUAAAUAAAGUUAGUUUAGGUUUCCUCCUGUAGUAACACUGGAUCGAUAAGAGAUGAUCCUUACUGGACCUCUAGGAAGAACAGUUUAGAACUGAUAGAGCUAUCCAGUAUAAAUAAAGUUAGUUUAGUUUAGGUUUCCUCCUGUAGUAACACUGGAUCGAUAAGAGAUGAUCCUUACUGGACCUCUAGGAAGAACAGUUUAGAACUGAUAGAGCUAUCCAGUAUAAAUAAAGUUAGUUUAGUUUAGGUUUCCUCCUGUAGUAACACUGAUCAAUAAGAGAUGAUCCUUACUGGACCUCUAGGAAGAACAGUUUAGAACUGAUAGAGCUAUUCAGCAUAAAUAAAGUUAGUUUAGUUUAGGUUUCCUCCUGUAGUAACACUGGAUCGAUAAGAGAUGAUCCUUACUGGACCUCUAAGAACAGUUUAGAACUGAUAGAACCAUCCAAUAUUUUAAAAUUCCCUUUUGUUUUGAUUUCAGCAUGUGUCAAUGCCGUUGCGUAAAGAGCAAUCUUGGCCAACGAACAAGAGAAAACACGCAAACUCUUUACUGGAGGAAAAAGAUGGAUUAGUUGCAGCAAAAAUCGAUGACAAUUCAAACGAAGUAGCCAACGACAGUUCAAUGAAUGAGUCGAAUGAGAGUGAACAAAAUAAGAAAGUGUAAGAUAUUUGAAAAUAAAAGUUCUUUCUUAUAAUGUCUAAAUGAUCUCAGAAUGAAAUGAAAAAUUAAUUUCUAAAUGAAUUUUGAACCGGGAAUCAAACUUAAGGUCUAUAAUUUAACAAACCAACGUUUUGGUAAGUUAGCUAUCGAGAUACCACACAUUCAGAAUUAAUAAAUAUGCUGCCGGCACAAUGAACAGUAGUUUUAAGGAAACAUGAUUUUCGUUUCGUUUUAGAUUGUUCAGUGAUGAACUGCACGCGUUAUUUCGAGUCAUGUGGUCUGGUAAAUGGGUAGGUUGCAUCAUGGAUUGUAAAAUAAUAAUAUAAUAAAAAUGGAUUGUAUUUUAUUAUCCAUGGUUACAUUAAGAAGUAGGUUACAUUAAAAUACUUCAACUUUUUGACUAUGUAUACCACAUAUAGUUUACCAACCAUCCUCAGAGGGAUGAAAAACUAGUUUCAGGAAAAAUUCCUUGUCUCGAGCGAGAUUCGCAGCUUUGGGUACCUCGGCCGCCGUUCUGUCCAUUGAGCUAUCGAGUCAACGGGGACUGGUAGCGAGUCUUAUGAAACUCGCUUUCAUCCCCGGUAUUUGGCGACUAUAUUCCAUUCUAAUGUUGUUUCAGGCAAUCGUCACACCGCUAGCUGUACUUCAUGCUGUGUGGAAGUUAAUUCCUUCAUUUCUCGGGUAUUCACAACACGAUGCUCAGGAAUUUCUCUGGUAAGCUUUAAACAGAGGAACUCGGGGAUUACUUUAUGUCAAUAGAGUAAGAAGGUUAGCAAACUCGGUGCAAACACAAUAGACCUCAUUAUCUACGUUUUGGUUUAUACAAUCAAUAGCUAUGUGUCACCAUUGUGUAAUAUCACGACUGGUAAUUAAACCAACACACUGCGAUUGGUAGGUUGGACGAAUGAAUCGACCAUUUCUUGAGAUGAUUUUCAACUGAUGUUACGCAUUUGAUCAAUUUCUAAAGUCGAUUCUUUUUGGAUAUAUUUUAUUAGUUUGGUUAGAGUAGGGGUAGGGUAGGGUUUGUUACAUAGCCAUUUAACACCUCUUCCAUCUUCCGAAAAUGACGUCAGGUCAGUUUGCUGGAUGGAAACAAGUGCUAACGAAACAGCAUCGACCAGCGUCUAUAAAAUAUUUUCUGUUUUUUUUCCAAGUGAGGUACUGGAGCGACUACAAUCCGAGCUCGAAGGAGAUUGUCCAAUCAACUUCCAGAGCCCUAUAGCUGAUGACGUCAUACAUCCUAAAGAUAUUCUACCCAAUGUCUUUGAGGGAAAACUUGUUAGUGAGGUAUACCUACUGAUCUCAAUACUACACUGAAUGCGACCUACUGUUCACUGACCUCGUUAAUAGACUGGAUAGAACGAGCUAUCCUUGUCUAAUAAUAUUUUCUUUAUUUGCAGGUAUUGUGUCAUAACUGUCAUAAUGUGUCCAAAUGUCGUGAACAAUUUUGGGAUUUAUCCUUAGAAUUUCCUGAUAGGUAUGUUGUUUGAUAUGUAAAUGAAUGUGAAUAUGUCCGCUAAUUUAUGACGUCAUGUUGGUUGCAAGCUCUUUAAAAUGGUUGAAUAUCUCUGCUAUCAUCCAAGAUGAUAACUUCAAACUUCCAUCACUGGUAAAUGUGAAGAAACACUGUAGAAAAACGUGAACUGAUAUCUACAGUUUUUAGAGUUAAUAGAUUUAUAACCAGUGUAAGUUGAGCUUGCAACCAACAUGACGUCAUAAAUUAGCGGACAUAUUCACACUCAUUUACAUAUCAAACAAACUGAAAUAUCUCGGGAACAAACCAUAAAAACAAGAAACUGAAAAAUAAGUUACACUACAACUUAAAGAGUUCUUUCAUUUAAGAAAAUAAGAAAUUUCAUGUCAUAUGCACUUUAAGUUCCACAGUAAAACGUUUGAAACUUCAUCAGGUAUCAAGUGCAGCCGAGAUCAUCCCGAGGGCGUGUUCCUGCUAGAAGACCUUCCAUGGAAUCUUGUCACAUAACAGGUGAAGAAAUGUCUCCGUGUUUCAUUGACCAAUCAGAUUGCUCAAAAAUAAAAUAUAAAAUUUGAUUGGUCAAUGAAACAGGAAGUUAGGAACUUUUUAAGGAACUUAUGAAAUUGUUGAGGAAUUGUUCAGAGGUGUUCCUUCAAGUUAGGAAAUGACCUGGUCAACAUUUUUCGAAACGCUUCUAUUGGCACGACUGUAAGCCUGGUUUACACUAUCAAAGUUUCUGUCAUCACAGUAGGAAUUUUGCAAUGGCAAGUUUCGAAGGAUUUGUACUUUAUUUUGUUUUGUUUUCAGUUUCAUAGUUGGUCAUUUCUCAUAAUUUAGUCCUUCCCAAUAGCCGGCUUGUCAUGGAGUUUUAUCAGCCCAACUAUCGUCAUCAGUAUUAACUUGUAUAUCUGCCUUUCAUACUUCAGAAUUAUUAGCAAAGUUUACUCAGCAAGAAAUGUUAGAAGGAAGAACAUAUAGGUGUGAAAAAUGUUCUGGUAAGUUCAACACUAUUAUCUCAUUCCUGGAUUAUCUCAUCCCUGGAUUAUUUCAUAUUUACAAAUUAUUCUUGUUUUUCAUGUGAAGCAUCUUCGCCCGACUCGCUGCAGUUUGCUCAGAAACAACUUCAAAUAGCUGAACUGCCAGAGGUAUGAGAUUUUACGGAGAAAAAAAUAUACACGAAUAAAAAAUAAGUGAUAUCCUGAGUUUGUAUUUCUUUCUUUUCUAGAUCCUUAGGUUGCAUUUAAAAAGAUUUCGGUAAAUAUAAUGAUUUAUUUAAGCAAAUAUUCAACUGCAGCUAUAAUCUUUGUGUUAAUUUACUUUAUGUUUCUAAAAUCUCACUACGUUCGCCAGAAAGUUGACGACUUUUGUCACAUCAAUGUCUUGUAUUUUAUGCUUAACAAAUAAAUAAGAUUUUGCGGCUGUCUGUUAAGUUAUAGAUACACAUUAUGACGUCAUAAUGUUAUUUAUAACUGAACAGACAGCGGCAAAAUCUUAUCUAUUUGUUUUAUAUAAUAAAAAGAAAACCCCCAAAUUAAACAGGUAAAUAGCUUACUUUUUAUCCACCCAAGCAUUUGGAAAUUUGAAAAAGUCUAAAUUUUACAAAAAUCACGCGUAUAUGAUCUAUACAAAUAAGAGAAUGCUAUUGGAUAAGGUUUUGUGUGACGUAAUUCCGUGCAUGGCUCUCGACCAAUGAAAGCAAUUGAAUUCUUAACGUUAUUAUAUAAUAAAUAAUAGAGUGAUAUAGUUUGAAUUGCUUGCUCCUGUGGCUGUCAACAUUUCUGAAGCGACCGUAUUAACGCUGUCAGCCAGAAAUUCCUGCAUGAAUAAAUAUGACUGCCUUAAUGUUUUACUGCUUCACACUGCAACAAGAUGUUGUUUUCUAGUUGGUAUUGUCAGACUCGAGGCAAGAUAGUUUCUCAUGUUCAGUUUGACGUGGAGCUGGAUAUGAAACCGUAUUGUCAUCCACUACAUUUUGAAUCUUAUACUGACCAAGAUUUUCUUUAUAAACUGUCUGGAGUCAUCAUUCAUAUGGGGACUGGGUAGGUUAACUACGAAUAGACCUAGUCAUAUAUCCUAUUCUAUCAUACUUUAUCCAUAAAUAUCAUUAGAUAUAUCCUUUCACAUGCCUAGAGGUUUCCUUAUAUGUACUAUCAUUUAUAUGGGAAUUCGGUGGGGAAUUCCCAUGUUAUCAUACUGUAGCUCUAAACAUCCCUAGAAAUACUACUAUAAAGAUGGAGACAGGAUAGGUGAAAUGUGGAUAUAGCUAGUAAUCUACCAUAUUUAAUUUUUGCGAGCGGGGUGGUUGCGAGUAUUGGUCUCCUGUUCGACUCGCGGUGCUCGGUGAGCGGCUUGUGGUUCGCUUGUUAAUGGAUUGAAGCUUCUCUUGAACCUUUUAGACGUAUGUUUGUUUCUUUCUUAGAUUUGAUGCUGGACAUUACGUGGCGUAUUGUUGGAAUGAACAAGCUGGUUAGUUUCAAACUAUUGAUGUCAUUAAAUAUCUCCUUUAUCGUACAGACGCAAUGAGACUCAGGAUUACCCGGAGAACACCUGCAUUUGAGGGCGAGACAAAGUUUGUUUUGUCAAUGUUCGAUAACUUUGUAAUAUUGGCUGGAAUGGUCUCAAGAGUUUUGUCCAAAAUUGUAGCCAUGGCAACUGGUCAUACUGUGCUAAGGGACGGACCAUUAGAAAAGUGAUGGGGGGAGGGGGGAUUUUCUAAGAGGCAAUAUAUAUAUUUUUUUGUACACCUAUAGAAGAAGUUUGUUUUUUUCUCACUUGAUGGCUGAAAAUAUUUUUUUUUAUCUUCCGAGCUAGGAAUUUUUUUUUGCACUAUGCCUGGGAAGAUUUUCUUUUUCCUAAUUUUUUUCUGGGAAUAAUUUUUUUUUGGUUUUGGCCCACUAUCACUUUUCUAAUGGUCCGUCCCUAAUAAACCUGCAUCUAGAAUACGUUUUUGAAGGUUUGAAGAAUGCCGACCAUUAAAAACUUGCAUAACAUGACCUGUUGCUAUGACUUCGCCACUGAGUCAGACAACUACAUUUUAUGAACUGUGGUAACUGAGGUGAAACGACAAUAUAUCUUUCAUUUUUCCAGGUAGCUGGGUAUUUUAUAACGACGCUAGAGUAUCACUAUGUUCAGAGCAAGAAGUCUUGAAAUCUCAAGCCUACAUCCUCCUGUACACCAGAUGUAAUGGAAGAACUGCUCAAUACAACCUCUAUGAGAACUUGGUUCUACCCAAUAGCCCUUAGAUUCACUCUUAAACAUUGUUGUAGUUUUGGAAUUAUUUUUGAUAUUCGAUACAUUUUUCACAUUCAAGAUGGAAAUCUUUGUUAAGAACAAAGCUUAAAGCAGAUAUUGUGUUAUUUUUUAUUGCUAUACAUCUUGGACUUGGAAAAUGCGACUUAGAAUAAUAGAAUAAUUUAUUUUAUUAAUGUCGAAUGACGGUGUAGUUGUCCAAUCACUCGAGCCAGGGGCUCGUGGUAACCGCAACAGAACUUGAAAAAUUGCCAUUUUAAAUCAAGAGUUACCAUCAAGAAUUCUUGGAACUAUGCACCCUCAACAUUCUACAGUCUCAAAAUUCAAGUGUGCAAGUGACAGCUACGAUUCAUGCAUCUGUCAUGUGUGGAUUAUAUUGAAAUAUUUCAUCUAACAUGUCCCGUCUUGUAUCGAAACUAAAUACAUGUGAUCGUCAUCUCGUGUUUAUAAUAACAUUCAAAUAUGUUUUUAAACGUUAAACAAAUACGGGGAUAAAAUUCUAUGCAUAAAUAUAUAAACAAGCGCGGUAUCAAACAUUGUUUAUGUAUAUGUAUGUUUAGUUCAACACUAAUAGAAGUACUGGUAAUGAAUCUAUGUACGUGCAGCUUCGGUUUGAUAGAAAACUCGCGGGAUUUCAUGCACGCGCGUUAUUCUGCGUGCUAUUUCAAAACGGCACCUCGUUCAAAGUAAAUCUAGUUUUAAAUAGUGUAG